AUAUUUUUUCAGAGCUGAUGUGAUUGGUCAAAAGACCAAUUAGUGAAAAAAUAUCAUAAUUGGGCUGCCUGUUUAAAUGCAGCCGAUGUGUCCAGCAAUCCAGCCUCAGCACUUGGCCAAUGUGCUAGUAUCGCAGCAGUAGAUAGCCCAGUAUGAUUGUUAGUGUUUGACAUUGUCAGCUACUAGAGGGUUUUCUUGAAUGAAACAAUAAGUAUAAUCAAAGUGUAUCAGUAGAAUAAACCCAUAAUAAGCUAAAUGAAUAGGUUAGUUAAAACACCAGUGAAUGAAAUGCAGGUAUGUGUGUUUAUAAUCAACUGGUUGUCUGGCUGAUACAAAGGAAUCAUCACCCCUCAAGUAGAGCAGAGCUCUUUUUACAGGGGAGGAUGACAGACUGAACACAGGUAAACAAGAGGCCCUUGUGAUGUGAUGUCCUCCUGGGGACCAGAAACAGGAUCCCAUUGACAGACACACUGACCUGGGGGAUCUGUCUAGCUUGGUCUCUGUCUGUGGACAACCCAAUAAACCUAUCAUCAAGCGUAAUCUAUCCAGCCUAUUCAAAGGUCCCCAAGGUGCAGUGGGCCUCGCUCAAUUAGCCAGGGAGAUGGAAUGAUCUUCGACAAACACGGCCGUACCUUGGGAGAGUAUUCCUGUGUCUUAGCUCUGGACUGAUCUGGGUGGUGGUCUAACUCCAAUGCUGCACCAUGGCCAAGGGCAACAAGAAGUCAAAAGAGCCCAAAGGCCGGAAGAUCACCUUGAAGAUGGCAAAGCUGGCUCUGAAGCUGACCGUGGACGGCAAGCGUCGGCUGGACCUCAGCAACAUGGAGAUCGCCACCUUUCCCAAGUGCAUCCUGAAGCUGUGUGAUGUGGACGAGCUGGACCUGAGCCGCAACCUACUCAAGAAGAUCCCAGACUCCAUUGACAAGUUUGUCAACCUCCGCUGGCUUGAUCUCCACAGCAACCAGCUGGACCACGUUCCGGAAGCUAUCGGGCGCCUCCAGAACCUAUACAGCCUCAACCUGUGUAACAACCUUCUGAGCACCGUAGGACUCCCCAACGAGAUUGGCCUCCUGCAGAAGCUGAGGAGCCUCAACCUGGGCAUGAACCUCCUCGAGCGCAUCCCGUCCUCCAUCGCAGCCCUCAAGGAGCUACGUCACCUGGGCCUGUUCAACAACCACCUGACACGGGUGCCCGAGUGCCUCCGCAACCUGCCCCACCUGGAGAUCGUCAACCUGAAGUGCAACCCCAUCCCCUCUGGGGAUGACAAAGGCAUAGACCCCAUCCAGAGGGUGGAGUGCCUGUACCUGGUGAGGGAGAGCUGCCUGUGUGCCUCCUGCCUCAAGAAGAUCAAAGACGACAGGCAGAGGGUGGACAGCAGGCUAAGCGGAGGCCCUGCUCAUGGGAGGUCCAUCUUCACCGGCCUGACCACGCCCAACUCGGUGGCGCAGGAGGACCAGGCCACCUGGAGGUGAUUGAUGAACCAGGGUUGUGACUAGAUGGAGUACAGCUAUGACCAGAAGUGACUUUUCGUAGCAGGUUAGGAGAGCAUCUUAGCUAACCCUAACCCUUUUCCUGACCUUAACCUAAUUCUCCUAACCUGCUACAUUAUUUAUCCUAAUCUGCUGCGUAAGUUCUCCUAACCUGCUACAAGAAAGUAACUUCCGGUAGCUGUAUUCCACCUAGUCAGAACCAGGAACCAGGUCCUCCAGGAUGUCAUCAAUAGGUCAUCAAAUGGUAAUCAAGGACAGAUUAUUUAGGAUGAGAACAAUCCAGGUGCUCUAUUGCAAUAGCUACUUAUUACAAACAAUGGACAUUAAGCAUAUCAGGAAUUCUGGAAGAAGAAAACAUUAUAGGGGUUGCAGUGACACAUCAGUAACCACAGCCUUUUAUAAACUGCUGGGUCUGUGGUCUGUUCUACUCUACCGCCCUCUAGAGUUUGGACUACUGCAAUGUUCUUCAACAAACUACUGGAAGAAAACCUGCCUUAGCUUCACUAUACAGUAUUCUCAUGUGUGUCCUCUAAAUCCUUUCACAUGUUUCUGUUAAUAA